UCCCCAGAUAUGCGUGAUAAAAUGAGGAAAUGGAGGGAAGAGAACUACCGAAACAGCGAGCAGAUAGUGGAUGUGGGUGAAGAGUUAAUUAAUGAAUAUGCAUCUAAGCUUGGAGAUGACAUUUGGAUAAUAUAUGAACAGGUGAUGAUUGCUGCCCUGGAUUGCAGUMGAGAUGAUCUGGCAUUGUUUUGUCUUCAAGAACUAAGGCGGCAGUUUCCUGGGAGCCACAGAGUUAAGAGAUUAACUGGAAUGAGAUUUGAAGCUAUGGAAAGGUAUGAUGAUGCUAUCCAGCUAUAUGAUAGAAUUUUACAAGAAGACUCAACCAACACAGCAGCAAGAAAGCGUAAGAUUGCCAUUCGGAAAGCCCAGGGGAAAAAUCUUGAGGCCAUCCGAGAGCUGAAUGAGUAUCUGGAACAGUUUGUUGGGGACCAAGAAGCUUGGCAUGAACUUGCAGAACUUUACAUCAAUGAACAUGACUAUGCAAAAGCAGCCUUCUGUUUAGAGGAACUUAUGAUGACAAAUCCUCACAACCACUUAUAYUGUCAACAAUAUGCUGAAGUCAAAUAUACUCAAGGGGGGCUUGAAAACCUCGAGCUAUCGAGAAAGUAUUUUGCACAAGCACUGAAGCUGAACAACAGAAAUAUGAGAGCUUUGUUUGGACUUUACAUGUCUGCCAGCCACAUUGCCUCCAACCCAAAAGCAAGUGCAAAAAUGAAGAAGGAUAACAUGAAAUAUGCCAGCUGGGCAGCCAACCAAAUAAACAGAGCCUACCAGUUUGCAGGCCGCAGUAAGAAAGAGACUAAAUACUCCUUGAAGGCAGUGGAAGACAUGUUGGAGACCCUGCAAAUCACUCAAUCUUAGAUGGGCACAAAGAGAUACGUUGUUAAAUUUUAUAAUUCUGUGAUCAACCUCUAAGGACCUGUGGGUUAAGUUAAUGUAGUGCUGUUAAAAAGUAAUUUUGUAUUGAUUAACAUGGCUAUCUAAAGUAACAUUUUUUAUGAAAAGUGAAAUACCUAUUUAUUGCUGCUAUAAGAAGUGAAUACACACUGAAAUGAAUAACUUAUCCCAGGAAGACAGCUUAAAGAAAUUAAAUAUGUUGCACAUCCGUCUCUUUAGAUUUUGUAUGUACAGCACCAGCUUUCAAGCCAUAACUUGUAGAAAUAAACCUGUUAAAUGAUUUAAAAAGUUACAGUGAUUUAUUGGGUCUGCCAGUCACCAUUAUAAAUUUCCAUGUAGAUGAAUACUGUAUGAUGGAGUCCAUUCUUACUUUUGUAUAUUUAAGAGUUGAAGUGUGCUACAGGGAUACUUUCUGGUCAAUAUUUACCAUACGACAAGAUGUGAUUGCUGUGCAUGAAUAUAUUGUCAUAGAGAAACGUUUCAUUAUGGUAUUGCUCCCUGGUGCUACAGAAUGGGGAGAACCUGUUUGUAGGGUUUACUCUAGUGGGACUUUUGUACUGGCGUAAGGCCAAAGGCGUUCCUUUCUGUGGCUUUUGUGGGCAAAUCCUUGCCUGUCCACUUAGUUCUCCAAUCAGUAUAUCUAUGUAUAUGUGCUUUCUAUYCUUUCUGUCCUUCACAUCAAGAGUUUGAAGACCUUCUGGAAACAGGGCUGCGUCCUCCUCACUUCUAGCUUUGUGGCUAAURUCUGC